AUGUCGUCUCCCGCGGAGGAGGCGCAGGUGCGCGAGGCGACGCGCCGGAUCAUUCAGGGCUUGGACCUCGAGACGACGAAGGAGAAGCAAAUCGUCGAGAUGGUCGAGGCGCAGCUCGGGAUCUUGCUCGGCGACGACGAGGCGCUGAUGCGGUGCCUGCAGGAGGAGAUCGAGAAGUUUCUGCUCGACGAUACCGCCAAGAUCUCACCCGGGAAGACGAAGAGGAUAACCCCCAAGAGCCAGGCGGGUAAGCGCCGACGCUCGCUCGUCAAGUUCGAGGACGACGACGACAACGAGGAUCUCGACGACGGAGACUGGGACCACACCCAGGAGGACGAAGACGAGGAUUUCGACGAGGACGACGCGGCGCCCAAGAAGCGCAGGGACGACAUGAACGCCGCGAGGGAGAAGUGGAGCGAGCCCGCGCCGGCUCCGAGCGACACCGUGCCGCUCACCUUGGCGGUGGCCCCCGCGUCGGCGGCACCCGGAGCGCCAGUCCCCGAGGACAAGCUCCUCGCGGCGCUCACGCUCAAGGGCGACGACGGCGCCACCGCCAAGGAACUCGCGGGCUUCCUCAAGAUGGGCAAGUCCGAGGUUAACAAGGCCCUGUACAGGUUGCAGUCGUCCGGUAGGGUGAGGAGCGACGGCGCCGGCGGUGGCGCGCCGACGUGGAGGGUCGGCUCGUCUUCCGCCCCUCCCGCCGGCGCACCCGCGUCUGCCCCAGCGCCCGCCGCGCCUCCCGUCGGCGCCUCCGCGGCUCCUCCUCCUCCUCCUCCCGUCGCGCCCCAGAGCCAGGGCGCGGGCGCGGUGGAGGGUCAGAUAUGCGCCCUGUCCCGCGCGAGGCGAUGCACGGUGAGUGACUUUCGGGGCAAAAAGUACGUCGGUCUUCGAGAGUACUACGAAAAGGACGGCGUUUGGCUCCCCGGGAAGAAGGGUAUCAGCCUCCCGUACGAGCAGUGGAGCCAGCUGCGGAGCAAGAUUGGGGAGGUGAACCAGAGGAUCGCGGAUUUCGGCGCCAAAAAGCCGAUAUCCGACGCGACGGUGUGCGUCCUCGGCAGGGAUCGGCGGGUGACGGUUGACAUUUUCAACGGCUCGGUGAUGAUCGGUAUCAGGGAAUUUUACGAGAAGGACGGCGCCAAGCUGCCGGGAAAGAAGGGAAUCUCCCUGUCGAAGGAUCAGUGGGAGCUGGUGACCAGACACGAGGACUUGAUCGAGGCUGCGUGCGGUGGGCAGUGA